AGUGGUUUCACACGUUCAUCCAAACCGUCGUAUGAGAUCAAGAUCGACGGCCUAUAUUUUUAGUCAAACCAACUCUCACAUCGGUCACAGCCACCACACCUUCCUAAUUCCUACCACAAGUCGCAAGUCCACCACCAUACAAAAAAGUUACGUCGUUUUCCAUUUUCCAGAAUUGUUAAUUGCUAUAUUCAGAUUUCAGAACCGAUCUUCUUGUAAUGAUUAAUACUAUGUGCCUCGAGAGUUGUACUUGGGUCAAUUAAUCUAAGUAUUUCCAUUUUGUUCGAGGUAAUGGAACAUGCAAAUGCCUUACCUACCAAAAAUACACAGCAAAUAUAAUUAAAAAACGAAAACAUUGACCUCCCUAAAUCUACUCUAUUUAAGCGACAUACCCCCACCCUCAUAAUCCAUCCCUCCGAUCCCAUCUCCAUCUACAAAAGACAAAGCUUUUUGUGAGAAAAUUUUGGGAUUUGUCGGAUUCUUGAAAAUGGGGAGUUUAACCCUCGAGAAUGGACAAGGAAACGGUGCGGCUUCCGGGUUAUGUACUGUGAAUGGUGGUGAUCCGUUGAAUUGGGGGGUGGCGGCGGAGGCGAUGAAGGGGAGCCACCUUGAUGAAGUGAAACGGAUGGUGGCGGAGUUUAGGAAUCCGGUGGUGAGACUGGGUGGGGAGACGCUGACGGUGUCGCAGGUUGCGGGGAUCGCCGCCAGUGAUAACGCGGCGGUGAAGGUGGAGCUGUCGGAGGCGGCGAGGGCUGGGGUGAAGGCGAGUAGUGAUUGGGUUAUGGAGAGUAUGAAUAAAGGUACCGAUAGCUACGGUGUCACCACCGGUUUUGGAGCCACGUCUCACCGGAGAACGAAGGAAGGUGGUGCUCUUCAAAAGGAGCUCAUCAGAUUCUUGAACGCCGGAAUCUUUGGAAACGCCACGGAAUCAUGCCACACACUUCCACAUUCGGCAACAAGAGCCGCCAUGCUCGUAAGAAUCAACACCCUCCUCCAGGGUUACUCCGGCAUCCGUUUCGAGAUCCUGGAAGCCAUAACCAAAUUCCUCAACACCAACGUCACCCCAUGCUUACCCCUCCGAGGCACCAUCACCGCCUCCGGCGAUCUUGUCCCCUUGUCUUACAUCGCCGGACUUCUCACCGGCCGCCCCAACUCCAAGGCUGUUGGCCCCAACGGAGAAAUCUUAAACGCCGAAAAGGCCUUCAGUCUAGCUGGUGUGGAUGGUGGGUUCUUUUGA